CGCCCACCAACAUCCCACCAUGUCCCGCCAGAUUGAUAUUCGUCGCUUCCUGCGGCCUGGCGGUGCAUCAGGCAAGGCAGAUGAGGAGCCCCAGCAGCACCACGAGGAGCAGCCGACAGGUGAGAUGGCAAUCUCGACAAAGACGUGCUGUGAAAUACACUGAUGUGUGUUCUGUGUUCGUGUGUGUGUCAGAUUUCAGCAGCCCGGAGGCCCAGGCCAUCGCCAGCGACAUCGUCACACGGCGACAGCUGGUGAGUCGUCACACCACAUGAAGCAAACACACACACAUGGAUGUGUCUGUCUGAUGUUUGUCGGUGUCAGGCCGCCCCGCCGCCCAAUGCGUCGCUGUGUGGCGUCCCGCCCGAGAAGCUGGCCGGCGUGUGUGACCACAUGCCAACACUGGAGGCCAUCCGCCUGGCCCUCAUCAACAAGACCAUGGAAGACACUUGCCGUUCGCCGUUCGUCACCCGCCAACUGAUCAUCACCCCCGCCACCCACAAGCUGUGGCGCAGAGCAUCGCGGGCCGUCCUGCGGCAGCUGCGGGGGCGGCUGACCCACCUGCAGACGGCCGCCAUCACCACAGACGACGAGGUCUACUCGCGGGGGCCCGAUAUAUAUCAGGACCGGCCGGGCGAUGAUGCCGCCAGUGACGACGGGCGAGAAGAGGAGAAUGACGCUGAGGCCGAGGGCACUGAGGAGGUGACGGCGGGGCGUGGCCGCGCCCUCGGCCAUCGGGGAGUGUACGCCAAGGUGCUCGAGGGUUCGGCGGCAUCGCUCAGGAACUGUCGACUGGAGGACAAGACGACCACCGCGUCCGUCUCGCCCGUCACCGACAGCCCUCGGCCGCCGAGGGUCACCUUCGGCAAGAUUGAGGAGGUGGUGCUCUGCGGCGCACUGUGGCAGGGCGCGGCCCAUGAUCGGCGAUGGUCCCUCCCCGCCCUCAAGACACUCGUCAGCAGCAGCUUUUCCAUUGCGCCCCGGUACCUCAUGAGCUGGAUCGAGGCGUCGCCCCACCUCACCCACCUCCACGUAAGACUCUUCGGCCUCCCUUUUUUCACCUAUUUCCUGUCGGCCGCCCCCUCCCUGACCAACCUGACCUCGCUGGGCUGCAUUCUUCUUACGGAGACGAACCCCUCAUCGUGGGAGCCGCUGCUGAGUGUCCUGGAGGCCAAGGGGGCGGUCGGCCGCAUCGAGACGCUCGGCGUGUGCCUUGACGUGGUGGGCCUGGAGCCGGAUGGCAUUCUCACCAUACUGCGAGCCCUCGACACGGCCAUCCGUCGGCUGGCUGGUCUGGGCAUAUCGGCUGCCGACACUCAAGUGACAGCCAUUCCCGUCACAUCAUGGGACGACAACAUCAUGACCAACGUGGUCAACCAGCCACACCAUCAGGUGGACAGCGGCGCGUCCCAGUCGUCUUCGAGCGCUGCAGCUGUGUGUGAGCCGUCUGUGGGCGGCGGGAGGAGGGCGCCUCUCUUCCCCAACAUGGUGCCUACAAAUGACCAUGACGACGAUGCGAGUGGCGAGAUGGCCGAUAAGAAGCCCGCCCAGCGGCCCUUCAAGUUGCUCGUCUAUGUGCCCUCUUCAUUCGACGAGAGGCUGCUGCGUCUCGACCUGACGGACACCGACGUGCUGGCCAAGAAGAUCAUCCGCGAGAUGGCCCGCGUGGCUGAGUCAAUGAAGGUCAAGACUGUGUCGGGCGCGGCACCGGCUGCCAGGGGCAGCUUCGGCAACUACGUGUUCGAGUCGCUGACCGAAUUGACCAUCGAAGACUCCCUUGCUGUCACCAACGGCGUGCUGCCGUCGCUCCCAGCCGCCCCAUGCAACCGCUUCCCGCGACUGCAAUCCGUCGACUUCCUGCUCCCGUCCAUCCAUUUGGUUCGAGAGGGCGGAGUGAGGGAGCUGGUCGCGCCAGUCAAGGGGCAGCUCAAAAGGGCAAUCCUCUGUCUUGCCGACUUCCCCAGCCGAUACGACACGAGCUACGGCACGGGCCAGCCGCCGCCAAGUGAGGCCGCCCCCGGCCUCCUCGCACAGCUGGCGCUCGAGUGUCUUGACGUGACCGGCCAUGUGGACCAGGUGGGGUUGAGCUUUCUGCCCACACAGCCUAUCGGGGCAUUCCGGCCAGAGACCUGCCCCAUCAACCACCCCUUCACGACGCCCGAGCUCGCCGCCCGCCUGCCGUCCACGAAGAAACUGGUCGUGAGCAUCCCCUACUGCGUCCACGACCGAUUCGGCGAUGUCCAGACCGACUUCAUUAUGACCGUCAUCAACAACACACCGGACCCCGAGCGUGUGAUCUUCAGCGAGGACGUGACUCAGGAUUUGGUCAGCUUCAACCAGCUCCAGGUGCGUCACUCCCCGGCCUAUUUGGCGUCUGGUGCUGUGGAUGGGGCCCUGGCAUCGGCCGGAUCGCCGUUCGUGGUGGUCAAGACGGACGAUACCGAACUUACACUGGAGCAAUAGAGAAGGAGUGUCCAGCAGACCGGGUGGAUGGGAGAGAGAGAGAGAGGAGGAGACGGGUCCUUUUCAAGUGAGGCACGAACCAGAGAGGGGAUGAAUGCCGUGAGUGUGGUGUAGAAUGUGGUUUUGCUGGAUGGGUCUGACCAUCCGGGUGGGCGUCGAUGUCCUCCUUUGCUGUGUGGACACGUUUAUCGCGUUUAUCGUAAUCCUUUUUCGAC